UGUCACUGUGGACCAAAGCAUUGUGGGAAAGACGCGUAGCUGGCAAUGGUGACGGCUGAUGGCGUGAACACCGCAGCUGAAAUUGGCCGAAUAUCUCAUACAGCGAAUGGCAUGAUAAAUGAUAUUUCAAAGAACAAUGGUGCUUAAGGAAGCCCUCGUCCACCGCCUGUGAAGAAAGCCGACAUAUGUUCGAGGGUUGCCGCCAACAUCAGGAAAAGUGGCGUUCAGUGUCAAUGGACGCUUGUGCGAAUUUUAUUCUCCAGAGUAGGCGAACAAGUGGAGCUCGUUGUGUCUCAGGGUGGUCCAGCGGUUUGAAGUGUGGGAUUGGUUUUUAACUGAAGAAACGACAAGAUGUCGACCAGCAGUCCCGAAGCGGUGAAGAAAUUGCUGGACAACAUGCAGACGGACCUGCGCUCCCUUUCCAUGGAGUGCAAGAAGAAAUUCCCCCCAGUCAAAGAGGCCGCAGAGUCGGGCAUUGUGAAGAUAAAGACGAUCGCUGCAAGGAAUACAGAAGUUCUCGCAGCUCUGAAGGAGAACAGCUCGGAGGUGGUGCAGCCCUUCCUCAUGGGGUGUGGCACCAAGGAGCCCAAGAUCACCCAGCUGUGCCUGGCCGCAAUCCAGAGGCUGAUGACCCACGAGGUGGUCUCCGAGGCGGCAGCGGGGAACAUCAUCAACAUGCUGUGGCAGCUGAUGGAGAACGGCCUGGAGGAGCUGAAGCUGCUACAGACGGUCCUGGUUCUUCUCACCACCAACACCGUGGUGCAUGACGAGAUCCUGUCCAAGGCCAUUGUUCUGUGUUUCCGGCUACACUUCACCAAGGACACCAUCACCAACAACACGGCGGCCGCCACCGUCCGGCAGGUGGUCACGGUGGUCUUCGAGAGGAUGGUCGCCGAGGACGACCGGUUCAAAGGUAUCAUGGAGCAGCCCCCACCCAUCCAGGGCAACACCAACAGGCGGUCUGUCAGCACACUCAGGCCCAGUGCGAAGGACGCCUACAUGCUGUUCCAGGACCUGUGCCAGCUAGUGAACGCAGACGCCCCCUACUGGCUGGUGGGCAUGACAGAGAUGACCCGGACCUUUGGCCUGGAGCUGCUGGAGUCCGUCCUCAACGACUUCCCCGGGGUCUUCCUACAGCACCAGGAGUUCAGCUUCCUGCUAAAGGAGCGUGUCUGCCCCCUGGUCAUCAAGCUGUUCUCCCCCAACAUCAAGUUCCGUCAGGGCAGCAGCAGCGGCGGCGGCGGCGGUGGUGGGGGCAGCUCGGCCACACCGCCCCCCGUGGAGAAGCCCUACUUCCCCAUCUGCAUGAGGCUGCUGCGCGUGGUCUCGGUCCUCAUCAAGCACUUCUACAGCCUGCUGGUGACAGAGUGUGAGAUCUUCCUGUCUCUGCUGGUGAAGUUCCUGGACGGAGAGAAGCCCCAGUGGCUCAGAGCGGUAGCCGUCGAGUCGGUGCACAGACUGUGUGUUCAUCCACAUCUGCUACGGUCCUUCUGCCAGUCGUACGACAUGAAGCCCCACUCCACCAAGGUGUUCAGGGACAUCGUCAACGCCCUGGGCUCCUUCAUCCAGUCCCUCUUCAUCACUCCCAACGCCGGGAACCCCGCCGCCGCCAACACAGCCGCAGGCGCUGCCGGGGCCCAAGGUGCCUCCCAGGGGGCGCCCGGGUCUGGGGUGGCGGGGAGCGGGGUCCCCACCCAGGCGGCCUUUGAGUACCGGGGCACCUGGAUCCCCCUCAUGAACGUCAGCGUGCAGGGCAGCGCCAAGGCCACCUACCUGGAGAUGCUGGACAAGGUGGAGCCCCCCUCCAUCCCCGAGGGCUACGCCAUGUCGGUGGCCUUCAGCGCGCUGCUGGACCUGGUGCGGGGCAUCACCACCAUGAUCGAGCGGGAGCUGGGCCGGGAGGAGGAGGAGGCCAUCCAGCACCGGGAGGUCCACCCCGACAAGCAGUGGAAGCCCCAGCCCGGCUGCCAAGAAGUGAGGGAGGAGAUGGUCAGCGCCUGCUGGUGCGGCCUGCUGGCGGCCCUGUCCCUCCUGCUGGACGCCAGCACGGAUGAGACGGCCACGGAGAACAUCCUGAAGGCGGAGCUGACCAUGGCGUCGCUGUGCGGCCGCCUGGGGCUGGUGACGCCGCGCGACGCCUUCAUCACCGCCAUCUGCAAGGCCUCGCUGCCGCCACACUACGCCCUGACCGUGCUCAACAGCAACACCUCCAGCCUCUACAGCAAAGCCUACUCCAUCCAGGGCCAGACCGUGCAGAUCAUCAGUCCCUCCAGUGAGUCCCACCAGCAGGUUGUGGCGGUCGGACAGCCCCUCACAGCCCAGCCCCAGGGCACCGUGGUGUUGACUGCUAAGAACAUCCAGUGCAUGCGGACGUUGCUGAACUUGGCCCACUGUCACGGGGCCGUACUGGGCACCUCCUGGCAGCUGGUGCUGGCCACGCUGCAGCACCUGGUGUGGAUCCUGGGCCUGAAGCCUGGCCUCGGGGGGGCUCUGAAGCCCGGGCGGGCCGCCGAAGGACCCAGCACCGUGUUGACCACGGCCGUCAUGACGGACCUGCCCAUCAUCGCCAACGUCCUCUCCAGGCUGUUUGAGAGCUCACAGUACCUGGACGACGUGUCUCUGCACCACCUGAUCAACGCCCUGUGCUCCCUGUCCACGGAGGCCAUGGAGAUGGCCUACGGCAACAACAAGGAGCCCUCGCUGUUUGCGGUGGCUAAGCUGCUGGAGACGGGAUUGGUCAACAUGGAUCGCAUCGAGAUCCUGUGGAGGCCGCUGACCGGUCACCUUCUGGAGGUCUGCCAGCACCCCAACUCCAGGAUGAGGGAGUGGGGGGCGGAGGCUCUAACGGCGCUCAUCAAGGCAGGUCUGGCCUACAAGCACGACCCGCCGCUGACACACAACCAGCGCGUGCAGCUGCUGCUGCUCAGCCCCUUGAAGGAGUUGUCCAACGUGCUGCACGCCGACAUCAGGCAGAAGCAGCUGGAGAGUGUGUUGCAGAUCCUCCAGAGCCAGGGGGACAGCCUGGGGCCUGGCUGGCCCCUGGUCCUCGGGGUCAUAGGGGCCAUCCGCAACGACCAGGGGGAGUCCUUGAUCAGAACAGCCUUCCAGUGCCUCCAGUUGGUGGUGACAGACUUCCUACCCACAAUGCCUUGCACGUGCCUCCAGAUCGUGGUGGACGUGGCCGGCAGCUUCGGCCUGCAGAACCAGGAGCUCAACAUCAGCCUGACGUCCAUCGGGCUGCUGUGGAACAUCUCGGACUACUUCUUCCAACGGGGGGAGGCCAUCACCCUGGACCUGGAGCGGGAGGAGGCGGCGGUGCAGAAGCAGGCCCGGGAGCGCGGCGAGACCCUCAACCGGCCCUUCCACCCGGCGCCGCCCUUCGACUGCCUGUGGCUGUGUCUGUACGCCAAGCUGGGCGAGCUGUGCGUGGACCUGAGGCCCGCCGUGCGCAAGAGCGCCGGCCAGACGCUGUUCUCCACCAUCGCGGCGCACGGCACGCUGCUGCAGCAGGCCACCUGGCACGUGGUGGUAUGGAAGGUGCUGUUCCACCUCUUGGACUGCGUCAGGCGCUCCUCCACCACCGCGGACAAGGAGAAGAUCGAGUCCGGCGGCGGGAACAUACUCAUCCACCACUCACGAGACACGGCGGAGAAGCAGUGGGCGGAGACCUGGGUGCUCACGCUGGCGGGCGUGGCGCGCAUCUUCAACACCAAGAGAUACCUGCUGCAGCAGCUCGGAGACUUCUUCAAGGCCUGGGAGGUUCUGCUGGACCACAUCCAGUCGGCCGCCCUCAGCAAGAACAACGAGGUCUCCCUCGCAGCCCUCAAGAGCUUCCAGGAGAUCCUGCAGAUCGUCACGCCCGUCCGGGACUCGGACCGGCCCAUGGACGCCCUGGCCUCCCUGGGGGUGCCCCCCGUGCUCAUCGACCCCCUCUCCGCCUCCGGCCCGGGCAGACCCCUGGUGCGCUCCGACUCGCUGGUGGAGCGCCUGACGCGCUACAACGGCGCCGAUCCGCAGGCCCCGCCCCCCGGCGAGGAGUCUGCGCUGGAGGACUCGGCGCUGUGGUGGUCGGCGUGGAACACCUGGUUCCGGACGGGCACGGACAGCACGCGGCCCCCGCCCGCCGCCGCCGGCACCGGCACCACCGCCGCCGCCGCCACGGGCCCCCCGGAGAAGCACUCGUUCGUGCCCAGCCAGCCCUUCCUCACGGCCCUGGUCCAGAUCUUCCCGGCGCUCUACCAGCACAUCAAGGCGGGCUUCAGCAUGGACGACCUGCGCAAGCUGGGGGUGAUCCUGCACGGGGCCGUGUCGGUGCCCAUCAGCAGCGACGCCUCGCCCUUCAUCCUGCCCUCCUACACCGAGGCCGUGCUCACCAGCCUGCAGGAGGCCGUGCUCACCGCUCUGGACGUCCUGCAGAAGGCCAUCUGCGUGGGCCCUGAGAGCCUGCAGGUCAUGUACCCGGCUAUCUUCCAGCAGCUCCUGCUCUUCGUGGAGUUCUCCUGCAAGCCGCCCCAGUACGGGAAGAUGGAGACCAAGCACGUGGCCAAUGCCAAAUACAACCAGAUCCAACUGUUCGCUCCGGCGGAAUGGGUGGCCUUAAACUACGUGCCCUUUGCCGAGCGAUCCUUGGAGGUGGUGGUGGACCUGUACCAGAAGACCGCCUGCCACAAGGCCGUCAUCGGCGAGAAGGUUCUGCAGAACAUCGUCAAGACCCUGAGGAUCCCUCUGGGUCUGAAGUACUCCUGCCCGUCGGAGAGCACCUGGCAGCUGGCCGUCUCGUCCCUGCUCAAGGUGCUGUCCAUCGGGCUGCCGGUCGCACGCCAGCACUCCUCCUCCGGGAAGUUUGACGCCAUGUGGCCGGAGCUGGCCCACGCCUUCGAAGACUUCCUGUUCACCAAAAGCACCCCUCCGGAUAACUUAUCCAUCCAGGAGUUCCAGAAGAACGAAGCCAUCGACGUAGAGGUAGUGCAGCUGAUCAGCACGGAAGUGCUGCCCUUCGCUAACUUCAUCCCCAAAGACUUUGUGGGCCAGAUCAUGACCAUGCUCAACAAGGGCUCCAUCCACUCACAGUCCUCCUCCUUCACGGAGGCGGAGAUCGACGUGCGGAUGCGGGAGGAGUUCUCCAAGGUGUGCUUCGAGACGCUGCUCCAGUUCUCCUUCAGCAACAAGGUGUCCACCCCCCAGGAGGGCUACAUCUCCCGCAUGGCCCUCUCCGUGCUCCUCAAAAGGUCCCAGGACGUGCUGCACCGCUACGUGGAAGACGAGAGGCUCAGCGGCCGCUGCCCCCUGCCCAGGCAACAGGUGACCGAGAUAAUCUUUGUCUUGAAGGCGAUCAGCACUUUGAUGGAUUCACUGAAAAAGACCCAGCCGGAAAACGUGGAUGGGGGUAUGUGGGCCCAGGUGAUUGCCCUGUACCCCACCCUGGUGGAGUGCAUCCCCUGCUCCUCGUCAGAGGUGGGCCUGGCCCUGAAGGAGGCCCUCGGGCCCUUUAAAGACUUUAUGCAGCCCCCCGUCUCCAGAAUCCACAACGGGGAGUCCUGACCAGGCUAGCCCGGCUUUUCUACCCCGUGGGCGGGCGCUGGUUGGCGUUUCUGUUUCCUUUUCUACAACGGAGCAUUCAUGAAUGUCUUUCUUGACCCGAUCCCACACUGGCUCAUCCGCUCUUACACACACCCACACAGGUACACAUACACACACACACAAACGCGCGCAUACACAUACGCACGCGCGUACACACACACACACACACACACACACACACACACACACACACACACACACACACACACACACACACACACACACACACACACACACACACACACACACACACACACACACACACACAGGUAUACACUAAUACAGGUACACACACAUUCACUCACACACAAACACACGUGUGCACACACACACACAUACAGGUAUACACACACACACACACUCGCGCGUGCACACAAACACACACACGCACGUGCAAACAUACACACACACAGGUAAAUACACAGACACACAAACUACCCACGUCAUGUGGACAGACUCUGAAUCCGAAGUGACCCGCGGUCAUGUCAGACGUGAACCCUGCUCUUACCGCUCUGACAUCUGAUGACUUGAUCUACUAAAACACAGAGGACCCCGCCUCUCUCACUCCGACACACACACCGAGGAAAGAAACUCACUCCAGCAAACCCCAGUCAUGGUGACAGAAACAAGAGAAACGCUGUGUGUCCUUUGGAGAAUUGUUUUAUUUUUUCCUAACUGAGGAAACUAUGUACAGUGUGUGGUGUGGUGGUCAUGAUGUAAUUAAAUUAAAACAAAAUUAAUAAUAAUGAUAAUAAUAAUGAUACUUGGGCUUUACUGACUGAACAGACUUUUGCACCAUUUUCAACCAUGUGGGAUUUAUGCAAGAGUAAAAAGCAGUGUUUACUGUCACAUUCCAUGUCGUCAUUGGUCAGCCAUUGGAGGAAGGGAUGUUCUUGUCUGCGUAAAAUAAAUGGGACAGUUCUACAAACAACUCGCCAUGUUUGCUUGAUUGUGAACUAUUGCUCUUUGUUUGGCUGUGAUGAUUUGCAUUCAUAGACACCUCCAUCAAAGUGUUUUUAUUAUUGCAAUUGAUAUUAUCAAUGGAAAAUGCAGUUUAAAAAGAAAUCUCAUGAAUGGAGCAAUUAAUAGUUUGGCAGUGUUCAUUCGCAGAGGGUAUUCACUAAUGGAUUUAACCUAUGGUUGUUUGUAUGAUGAUUUGCAUACCGACGUGUUACAAUAACACUGAUAUUCAUUUCAUCCGAGAAAGAUAAUGAAGGUGAAUCAACAUCCAAACACUGAACAAUAUACAACAUUUCAGUAGUACGGCAUAAUAUUGCAACAUCUUAUUAAAUAAAAUAUAUAUAUAAAUGCAUGCAUUAUUGGAUCUUUUUUACAAUUGGUCUGGAGAAAAAUAUUUGUACCUUUCCCCGUGUAAUCACCACUGAGGUUAGGAUUUAAACUCAGUGGAUUCCAAGUAUUACAGGUAUGCGUACCGCGGAUCUCGUCAUGCAAAAAUAUAAUUCACCAUUGGAUUUUCUACACGCAUCAUUUUCAAGCUGGACAUACGGUAGUAUAACGAAGCCAAAGGCGGGCGUGGAUGCUGUUGUCUUUCAGGUCAUGUGAGGGAAAGGACCGCGGGUUGUCUGGGUGAGCUGGGGAAAACGGUGAGAGGAGGAGGAGAAAGAGGGAGGUCUGCUUUGGGCGGGGUUUCCUCUCGUCUAGUAUUUCAAGUCUGCUCACUGAAGAAGGGGAAGAAUCUGGUGCAAGGACUUGUGGGAAUGUUGCUGUUCUAUCGGAGCUGAAGCCGAAGUCAUUUUAUGUUGAGGGAAUUUUUUAUUUUUUGUACAUUUCUUUGCGUUAUCUCGAUGAUUUUUCUUCGCGUGUCCCGAAUCCUGUGGUGGACCAUGUACUGGCUGAGGUAGUAGUUUGUGCUGUUGGUUGGGUUGAGACACUGCCCGCUAUGGAGAUGACUGCGCAAGCUACUGCCUUGCCAGUGCUGGUGUUGUACUACAACUGAAGAAUGUUAUGCGCGUUUCAGGUAACCCUAGCUCAUAGUAUUCCCGAGGUUUAAAACUCAUCUAUAUUGAAAAAUACAUUUUUUUUUAAUCUGCCUUUUCCUGUACAGUAACGUAUAGAGUCGACCGUUAAACAGCAGCAUUUGUAACUGUACCAUGUGUCAUCAAAUAAAAUUGGUUUUAUUCAUUGGAAAAGCUUGUCUUAUGUAUGCAACUUUGGUGACCACAUUGCAUGACACGAUGGACGAUCUGUGCAGACUCGACUUUGAGUUGGUUUGAUUUUGCUUCGGAUCAUGUUGAAUGCUCUUUCAUAAUGGAGCGAAAAAUUAACCUUUAUUUUCAGUAAUGGAAUGCAACUAGUUUUUAAACAUUCUGGUUUAAGUCGAUAGAAGUAACGUGCCAACGGACGGCGCAUCGAACCGAUGUACAUCGUUUUUACUCUAUCAGGCAUGGCGGGUUUAGUAGAAAGCAUGUAGGUCAUUGGGCUAUUUCGUAGGGUAAGAGUGGAUCGUGAAUUGUAACGUUAUCCCGGUCUACCGCAACGCAAUUUCCGGGCUGUUACUUUCCAUGUACACCUACGCCAGGUUACCGUUCCCGGAGCAAGAAGAAUAAUAUCUUGACGAGAAUAUAAACGACAAGAGAAUAAAUAUGUAGUUUCUAGAAAUAUAAAUUCAAAACGUAUGACGGAAAUGGAUAUCACUACUCGCGCCGCUAAACCCACGUAAUCGAUAGUCCCGCCCUCUCUCUGGCCAAUAACGAGCAUCCCGUUCCAGGCGUUUCGUCCUGAUCCGCGAACGCCUGGGAACGAGGUUAGCUGUUGCUAUAGAGAAGUGACGUGGCCAGGCCACUGCUGCCCUGUAGCAUGCAGUACUCCAUCUGCUUUCAUACACACGAGUCCUCUCCUUACCGUGGCCUUUGUUCGUCUACAGUUCACAGCGCACACAGGGAGGACAGAACAUGCUUUGUGCCACCUAUAGGCCCAUGUCCGGGUAAUGGCUCCCACCCGGACAUGUUAAAAACGCCCACAUACUUCAGGAUGUUUGCUACCCAAGGGCAUUUUAAAAAAGAAGUACAUUCUCUAUAGAAAGUAUAAAAUAUACUCACACGCACACCAUUACAAAGCAUGGUGUUUCCUCUUCCGUUAUAAAUGCCUACCGCGAAUGUAGCCCCUUUUUACACAAGGUAGGCUGCUGCUACUUCUAACGCACUCCAUCGGUCCAAUCGAUAUUCUAAAUAUCUUUCUCAUUCUUAUUAUCUAUUUCAUUACAGUUCUACACUUUUAUUUG